AUGCUCGCAACAUCAAAUAGCCCAUUACUUCCCCCCGGAAUCACCAUUCCUCCUUCGCCAGUAACUACGUUGGUACCCACUGGAACCGAAGUACAGUCGAGUGCGUCGGAUCUAUCCAUAGCCAUCUUGGGCGUUUUUCCUAUUCUCCAAAACUGGAUAAAAGAUCCUGUCGCUCAUGUCACCGAGGUGACAGACGAGCUGGACAAUAUCAUACCCGACGCAGUUGGCUUCUUGGCCAAGCUACCAAAGCCAACAGACGGAGUUGAGCCAUGUGGGUCUGGAAAACGCCGAAGAAGCGAACGAAAUCAUGAAUUGCACGAUGUUCUCAGUGAGCGCGAUUUACUCGGCGGGUUGUUCAAGACAGCAUUCUCGCUCGUCAACUGUGUCAUCAACACUACCAAUAAGGUGAAGGAUGCAGUUAUCGGCGGAACGACAGCCGCAGUGGAUACUGUCAAGGGCUUACAAGAUGACCUCAAGCCAUUGCUCGAUGCUCUCAACGAGGUGGUUCCGGACGAAGCCUCCGAGCCCUCUGAUUCAGUGUCAGAGACUGAAGAACCUACGCAGACCUCUUCCUCUACAUGCACUCUAACAACCAUCCGCGAUAGCCUUAACCCUUACGGCUCUCUUGAACAGGGCCGAGGAACGACUGGGCUGUCGUUCCCACUGGAGGAUGCAGCGGACGAUUGGCACCUGGUCAACCUAUGGGGUUGCACAUCCGUCGUGGUCAUCUCCCGCAAACGCAUGUUUCUUACCCACAUCUGGGAAAAACCUUCCAUGGAACAGCCACAGCUUUUCCAAAGUGAUGUAUUGGAUGUUCUCCGAAAUGGUAGUCCGGAGUUUUCCCACCCCCUUACAGUUUUCACUGUGCCCGGCGAAGGCUUCGAAAACAUUGCAGAAAACAAAGUACGUGCGUUCAUCAUUACGCCGUAUAGAGAUUUUGCUAUCAACCCGGCCAGUGACGACAUUAACUAUCCAUACGAAGUAGACAAGAUCAAAAAUCUGUUAAACAACAUCCUUGGACGGAAUGACGCACUAAUCAUACCCUACACUCCGGCUGAGGAAAACAAUCGGGAUGAGACGACCCCGAAAGGCAAGAUCUACAUUCAAUAUGACCCCGUGGCAGCCGCUCUCGUACCAGCAGAAGGCGGUUGCAAUCAGCAGCAAGUUGCGGGGAUAGAGCUUUGGUUUGAGGAUGCUCCUACCUACCGUUAUAGAGACACAUGGCAGCCAUUCCCAGAUCAGGUUGUGCAGGCAGAGAAACGGUCCGUCGCAUCCAGUGGUAAAGACCUGCGCUUGCUCAGAGGAAGAGAGGUGACGGAUGCGGACGAAGCAGAGUGGAAAGAGUUCGAGGCUUUGAUGAAACGUCAAGAUGGCGACACUUGUGCUCGACCUAGCAACAGCUUGUCGGUAUCAUCGGCAUCACCCAUCCCAUCACCAGCUUCGACUGUGCCUACUCCGUCCACCUUCCAGACAACAGUCAGGCCGUCAUUGAGCGACUCAACCGGCGGAAGCUCAAGCCCAAGCCCACCGCCCUCGUCGAUAGCCACAUCACCAUCGUCACAGUCUUCCAUGACGUCGGCAACUCCGUCUCUUACUUGGACACCGGCCCAACCUAGCACGACGAAAACACCUUCAGCAGUGCCUAAGCCAUCCCCUGCAUCGCAACCUCCGCCACCACCUCAAACCGAGCCUCCAACGAAGGCAUUAUCGGUGAUCUUCCGGAACACAAACGGCAAUGGCGAAGAUUACAACAACUGGACAUUCUUCGAGAUCAAACCCAACACCCAAGCGGAUGGCUGCAGCGUGCCCAUCCUCAACGAUGUCUCGCGGCAAUGGUCCGAUGCCUCAGCCCUGUCAAACCCGCCGUGGCCACACGGCACUUUCACCAUGCCAUUGUUCGGAGAAGAGGACUGCGAGUACCAGAGCGACGGAACUAAUCCAGGUGUGCUCCAUUGUCCUAGUAUGGGAUUGGGGAAGACUGUGGGAUGUAAGAAGGCUGAUGAGAAAGACAACCCUGAUGAUAUCACGGAUUGUCAAUAUCCGGGUCUAGAGAGGAAGGUUCAUAUUGUUGUUUAUUGUGAGUGGUAG